AUGACAAUGUCGGCGCUAUUGAAGCAAACGAAGAAAUGUUGCGUAAAGAUGAUCAGAAAGUUUUCCUUCAACCCGAACGGCGGUUCGUCAUCGUCCCCGCCCGGGGUCGGAUCCCGUGGCUUGGGAGGAAGCGGUAGCAUGGCCGGCGGUGGUGGAGGACGCUCGAUUUCGCUAAACAAUCGAGCCACCGCUAAGUACGUGCUGCACAAAAAUUGUACGCCCACCCGUUGCAAGGUUCAACCGACCAGUCCGGAACGGAACGGUGCAGCCGGUUGGACCGCCACCGGUACGGACGAGGAGGACUCCUCCCCUCGGGGGGUGCGACGGCGGUUAGACCUGUCACCGAAACCGGAACUGCCCGAUAUUCCGCCGACGCAAAAUAACUACAGCGUCAGUCGGGAUGGGAAAAAUCUACCUAAGAAGCGUACAAACAUCUGCAGCAACAAGAACGUGAACUUGAGAAAGUGUUUUCGAAUGAGGAAGGGUUUCAAGGAGGAACUGAGCAGCGAGGAGGUAAACAAUAGCAACAGUGUAGUGUCAUCGAAACUCGAUAAGAUCAGCAAAACGUUGUACAAUGUGGCCGGCGGCAGUGGCGUGGAGAAUGGCGAAAACCGGCUGUUCGGUGGUGUUAAUGCUAAUAAUCUUGUCUCGCAAACAAGCGAGAAGAGCAAGAUAUCCAAACCCUUGUUCCUAAGUGGGAAACAUAAGAAAUACAAUCAGAUUGAAACGCAGUUCGGUGCCGACGACGGGGUGGACUUCGAAGACGAUGAAGAUGAUGAGUUUGUGGCAUGUGAGUUGGACGGCUUUCGUGAGGGAAGCACGCCGUACGAUGGUGGCCGGCUGCAGUUUGAAAUUAGUGAACCUCUUCCUGAUUUGGAGGUUUCGCCCCUACCGGGUGGCAGUGGCACCGGUUAUGACGAAAUCAUAUUCGAAAAGGUAAAAUACGACCAAUCGAAGCGGUACCUUCGCAACGGUACCACCAGUUCUCCGUCCACGGCAAGCAACCGUUCGCAGAACGGUUCUUGCCUAGCCCAUUCCGUCGAUAGUACUCUGUCCGUCAGUUUCGAGUGCAAGUUCGACCAUCACCUGCCCCAGUUUGGGGGUGAAGUAGUCAGCAAACAGGACGACUUCAUGGACCCCUGGCGAAACUACAACGUCAGCAGCCGGUGGAACAAAGUGUCCAAAAGCCCGUGGGAAUACGAAGCGCAGAAGGUUGACUCGCCCCCGGCCAUGUCCCCGCUGGGGCCAAGCUCGUGGAAUCCAUUCAGCGAAGAGCCCACAGAACCGAGCAGUACUCCGCCGCAGCUGGCCACGAGCAAAACGUUUCCUCCGCCCUACCAGGUGCGCACCGACAUCUGGGCAAGUUUGCACAACAAAAACUACGAAAUCGACUCGGAUGUGGUCUGGCGGACGUCGAACUCGUCGCGACGUACCUCGGCCAGCACGGUGGAAACCUGGAUCGAGGACGAAGUGUUCGAUAACUCGUUCAACGAAGAGCUGGAACGGCGGUGCGCCACGCUCAAGAUCUAA